GGAUUAACGAUGCCCCCAGAGCAAAACCUGGAAAGCCAAGCUCAGCCCGAGCGGCUGAUGAAGGCGGCAAUGCAGGAGUACUACAGGAACACCAUUGUCCCCGCUGCCUACUGGCCUGAGAAGUGCUGGCUGGCCAGGUCUGAAGAGAAGUACAACCCAGUUUUUGUCAACGAGGACAAAUACAUCACCUGGAGAACGGGUCCCUACAACAGCACAGCCUGGAAUAAGCACUCUUCUUACCUUCCCAUCCUGCCCAAGGAGACAAGGAUGCAGACCUUCCUGCACAGCAUACCAGCGCCGUACCGCCCAAAACCCAUCUGCCUCAAUCAGUCUGAGAGGGAGGUGGUUGUCAACAUGCUGCCCGUGUACACCAUGACAGGGAGGGGACUCUUCCAGGGCUACUACAGCCCCUGCUCUGGGCGCCACUACUGCCUGCGAGGGAUGGACUACUACAUGGAUGGGGCCUCUGCCAUCAGAGGACAUCUCCACGCACUAGGAGAGAGGGCUGAGUAUCCUGUGCUGCAGUUACAGCCCCAGAGUGAUGUUCUGUACAUCUACACAUCACCACCAGCCAUCCUCCCUAUUCAGGAGCCCUAG